AGUUCGACGAAGGUCAUGCUGAAGAAAGAAAGAUGAAGAUGUCUUAUUUUAACUGGUGGAGUGCCGGUCUAUGUGCCGGCAUUCUAACGGCUGUGACUGUUAUUGUCUUUAUCGAAGAUAGAGUUGGUUGGGGUGUUUCUAGCAUCAUACUCACUCUAGUCAUGACUAUAUCACUUGUCAUCUUCCUCGUAGGGAAACCAUUCUAUCGUUACCGGAAACCUUUGGGUAGCCCUUUGACGCCAAUGUUGCAGGUCUUUGUUGCCGCCAUUUCCAAAAGAAAGCUUCCUUAUCCCUCAGAUCCUUCUCUGCUUCACGAAGUUUCCGAGGCAAAGUCAAAUAAUGGGCGGCUUCUAUCCCACACAACGCAUGUCAAAUUUCUUGACAAGGCAGCAAUAAUUGAAGACAUCAGUCCUCAAGCUCUCCAGAAACAAAGUCCAUGGAGACUGGCAACAUUGACAAAAGUAGAGGAAACAAAGCUGAUCAUCAACAUGAUCCCCAUAUGGCUCUCCGUAUUGGUCUUUGGCAUUUGUGCUGCACAAGCUUCAACAUUUUUCAUCAAACAAGCAACCGUUAUGGACAGACACACAGCCGGUAAAAACAGCUUCACAAUCCCUCCAGCAUCCAUUUACUGUCUCACAGCUAUCACACUGAUCAUGUACGUCACCGUCUAUGAUAAACUCCUUGUUCCUUUCCUAAGACGCAACACACAGAAUCAAAGAGGCAUCAAUAUUCUCCAGAGAGUUGGGAUCGGUAUGUUUUUCGCCGUCAUCACAAUGAUCAUUGCAGCUUUAGUUGAGAAAAAACGACUUCACCAUCUUACCGAACACAAUAAACCCAUGAUGAGUGUGUUUUGGCUUGCUCCUCAGUUCAUAGUCCUUGGCGUUGCAGAAGGGUUCACACUGGUUGGACUUCAAGAGUACUUCUACGACCAAGUCCCAGACUCUAUGAGAAGCUUAGGUAUAGCGUUCUACCUAAGCGUGCUAGGAGCAGGUAGCUUCCUUAACAAUCUAUUGAUCACGGUUGUUGAUUCACUAGCGGAUGAUUUCUCGGGCAAGCGUUGGUUCGGUAAGAACUUGAACAGUAGCCGGUUAGACUGGUUCUACUGGUUGCUAGCUGGUCUAACCGCUGCCAAUAUAUGCGUUUUUAUGAUUGUGGCAAAGAGAUUUCCUUACAAAAGCGUGCAGCCAAGCCAAGUCUUAGCUGAUUCGUCCGUGUCCGUUGGCUAAAUAAAUAAUUUUCUGAAUAGUUCAAAACGUAUCUUCUUUUUGCGUUCACAAUAAUGAUCAUCACAAACUAUAGACUUCUUCCAAUCAUAGCCUGCUUAAUUAAAAUUCUGUAGUAGGUGACUUUCCCGUGUUUAUAUAAGGAUAUAAAUGUUUUAUAAUUAAUAAAUUUUAAUAAACAGUUUUG